CCCGAGGCGCCGGGCGGGCCGUUUGCUGAGCGGACCGCGGCCGCCGCCCGCCGCCCGCCGCCCGGCAUGGGCUGCGCCCCGAGCAUCCACGCUUCCGACUCCCAGGACGGGACGGGCGGCCCCGACGCGCCGGGCCCCGCGGCGCCGCCGUCCUCGCCCGCCCCCCACGGACCCAAGACGGCCGCCCUGGCCCUGCCCGGCGGCGCCGGCCUCGCGGAGUCCGAGCCGCGCGACGGCGGCGGCGGCGCCAAGGGAACAGUAGCCGAUGUGCAAUUUGGCCCCAUGAGGAUUCAUCAAGAUCAGCUUCAGGUACUUUUAGUGUUUACCAAAGAAGACAGCCAGUGUAACGGGUUCCGGAAGGCCUGCGAGAAGGCAGGGUUCAAGUGUACAGUGGCCAGGGAGCCGCGGGAUGCCCUCGACUGCUUCCUGGACAAGCUGCACGACAUCGUUGUCAUUGACCACAGAAACCCCCGGCACAUAGAUGCAGAGACCCUGUGCAAGUCUAUCAAGUCAUCAAAAUUCUCAGAAAAUACAGUCAUUGUUGGUGUAGUUCGCAGGGCGGACAGAGAAGACUUGUCUGUGAUGUCCCUCAUCGCUGCCGGCUUCACAAGGAGGUACAUAGAAAACCCCACCGUCAUGGCCUGCUACAAUGAGCUGCGCCAGCUGGAGUUCGGGGAGGUGCGGUCCCAGCUGAAGCUCAGGGCCUGCAAUUCAGUGUUCACUGCAUUAGAGAAAAGUCAAGAAGCAAUUGAAAUUACCAGUGAAAACCACAUCAUCCAGUACGUAAAUCCUGCCUUUGAGAGAACAAUGGGCUACCAGUCAGGUGAACUAAUCGGGAAGGAGCUGGGCGAAGUGCCUAUGAACGAGAAAAAGGCAGACUUGCUGGACACGAUCAAUUCCUGCAUCAGAAUAGGCAAGGAGUGGCAAGGAGUGUACUACACCAAGAAGAAAAACGGAGACAACGUACAGCAGAACGUGAAGAUCAUCCCUGUGGUGGGGCAGGGGGGAAAAAUCAGACACUAUGUGUCCAUCAUCCGGGUGCGCAACGGCAGCAAGACGGAGGAGAUGCAGGAGUGCGUGGCGUCUCAGAGCCAGACAGAGAGUCACACGAGCGUCUCUAGGAGGAAAAGCUCUCUGGACAUCAGGUGUGUCGGCUCCCGGACCAACGAAGCGUCCAGCCAGCGGCGACACUCCUCCCUGGCCCGGAUCCACUCCAUGACCAUAGAGGCGCCCAUCACCAAGGUCAUCAACCUCAUCAACGCAGCCCAGGAGAGAAGCCCCGUGCCCGUGACGGAGGCCCUGGACCGCGUGCUGGAGAUCCUCAGAACCACCGAGCUGUACUCGCCGCAGUUCCACGCCAAGGACGACGACCCGCACGCCGCGGACCUGGUCGGGGGCCUGCUGUCUGACAGCCUGCGAAGAUUACCAGGGAAUAACUACAUUCUUGGAACAAAAAUCCUUCACCAGGGCCCCUCGGCAGCUGCUUCCACCGCUGCCCUGCAAGACCUCCCAUCACGGAUCGCGCAGGCUGUGGAAGGUGAAGAGCACUGGGACUUCGACAUCUUCCAACUGGAGGCCGUCACGUACAAUCGGCCGCUGACUUACCUUGCUCUCAAAACCUACAAUCGCUUCAGAAUCUGUGACUUCCUGCACUGCCCCGAGGCCACCCUGAGGGCCUGGCUGGAGGUCAUCGAGGCCAACUACCAUGCAGACAACCCCUACCACAACUCCACGCAUGCAGCCGACGUGCUGCAGGCCACGGCCUACUUCCUCUCCAGGGAGAGGGUGAAGGAGGCUCUGGACCCCGUGGACGAGGUAGCUGCGCUCAUCGCAGCCACCAUCCACGAUGUGGACCACCCCGGGAGAACCAACGCGUUCCUGUGCAACUCUGGGAGCGAGCUGGCCAUCCUGUACAAUGACAUCGCUGUGCUGGAGAGCCACCACGCCGCCCUGGCCUUCCAGCUCACCGUGGGCAGCGACAAGCACAACAUCUUCAAAAACAUGGAGAGGAAUGAGUACCGCGUGUUGCGCCAGGGCAUCGUGGACAUGGUCCUUGCCACAGAGAUGACAAAGCACUUUGAACACGUCAAUAGAUUUGUCACCAGCGUCACCAAGCCCUUGGCAUCACUGGAGAAUGAGGAGACAGGUAAGGACCAGGAAGCUGUAAGCGCCAUGCUCAGGAUGCCGGAGAACCGCAUGCUCAUCAAGCGCAUGAUGAUCAAGUGCGCAGACGUGUCCAACCCCUGCCGUGCCCUGGAGCUGUGCAUCGAGUGGGCCGCGCGCAUCUCUGAAGAGUACUUCUCCCAGACAGAUGAGGAGAAGCGGCGGAACCUGCCGGUGGUCAUGCCCGCCUUCGACCGCAGCACCUGCAGUAUCCCCAAGUCCCAGCUCUCCUUCAUCGACUACUUCAUCACCGAGAUGUUCGACGCUUGGGAUGCCUUCGUGGACCUGCCUAACCUCAUGCAGCACCUGGACAACAACUUCAAGUACUGGAAGGGACUGGACGAGAUGAAGCUGCGGAGCCUGCGGCCACCCACCGCCCCCGGGGACUCCUGAGCCUCCCCACAGCCCCUCCUCCACGCCCCCACCCCCGCCGUGGGGACCUCGGCAGCCUGCGGCCCCCCCCAGGCUCCACACGAGCGUGGGAAGGCACUUCUCUUCCCAAAUGAGCAGCACAUGUCCAAGCUGAACAUUAAUAUCACUUAUGAAAGUUAAUUUAUUACUAGUAUGAAUCUAAAAAUACUUUAAACCCAGUGUCAGCUGCCAUGACCAAGCCACCAGACUGCGACCAUCAAACGCGUGCUGCCUGGGCCUGGGUAGGAAACCCAGGAGGCAGGGUUUUGGCUGGUCUUGUUCUAGGGCCAACCAAGCAUCAGGACCCUGCAAUUUCCUCCUGCUUUAAUUGAAUUUCAAAGCCUGCCUUACUUUAUAAACGCAAGGAGCAAACUCCAGAGUGAAGGCUUGUAGCCACGUUUCCAUCUGUGUGGUCUGAUUUCAGAUGUUAUAGAAGUUCUGUAUUGUCACAAUUUGUUUUUAUUUUAAACUUGUAUUUUUCUAGAUAAAAAUAAAUAACUUUUGCCAUUUCUCUAGA